CAAUUGGAAGGACCCUCAUUCCUCGUUAUUUUAGCACUGUCUUUGAAGGAGGUGUAACAGACCUGUAUUACAUUCUCAAGCACUCAAAAGAGUCAUACCACAACUCAUCCAUCACAGUGGACUGUGAUCAAUGCACCAUGGUCACUCAGCAUGGAAAACCCAUGUUUACGAAGGUAUGCACAGAAGGACGUCUUAUCUUGGAGUUUACUUUUGAUGAUCUUAUGAGAAUAAAAACAUGGCACUUUACUAUUAGACAGUACAGAGAAUUAGUCCCACGCAGCAUUCUAGCCAUGCAUGCACAAGACCCUCAGGUGCUGGAGCAGCUGUCCAAAAACAUCACUCGAAUGGGUCUGACAAACUUCACCCUCAACUACCUCAGGGUACCAGUAACUGAAACUUCUGCUUCUCCAGACAAAACUAGUGACCACGGGAAGAUAGAGUUCUCAAAACUUGCUGCUUUUGGUGGCCUUUGGGACCCGUUGGCUGCCAGGCACUGCCUGACCAGCGUUAAAGAAACUGGCUGGUGGUCGCGUCGGUCUGAGCACCUGAGCGGUGCCAGGCUCGAGUCCCGCUGGCUGCAGGUUAAAACGCCGAAGGCACCGAGAGCCGAGCGGGAGCACGAA